AUGGACUUCUACCAUGGGAGCCUGCAAUGUUGGUACUCGAAAGUCCUGAUAUUAAAGAACUUGCACAAGGUGAAGAUAUUUUUGAAGCAGAAACUCAUCACUUUGGUUUGCUGGAAAAGAAAUGAUGAGAGGAAAAGAUUUACUCACCCCGCUCCGUGAACGAACCAGUGAAAAUACAAAAAUCAUCGCGAAAAUACAAAAGCAAGGGCAGGGAGCGCGAGGGAGCCUGUUGUGGGUGCAGAGACUCAGAAAAAUAUGAUUGCAUUUUAUCAUAAAAAGCAGGAAGAAGCGAAAAAGCUAAUGUCGGUAGAUGAAGAUGAGUAUUUAAAUUCUGCUUGGGCUGAUCCGAAGAAUUUGAAGAGACAAUUGAAUGGGACAGGAGAUGUGAGGUGGAGGAUUUAG